CGCGCUCAGUACUCACGAGAACCUGCUGAAGGCCGUUGGACUCGUGCGUUGUAAAUUAUGUACAUAAGUUACCGAUAAUAUUCGGGUUCACAUGAAUGGCCGGUCGCAGAGGUCGGACUAGUAUAACCGAGCAGCGAAAGGGGAAAUCUGCAAACCAACGGUAAACCAACGGCUAACAUCGUCUGAACCGGACCGCGGACACCAAGUGCUCUGUGCCUGUCGCUCACCGAGCCUCGACGACUCCGGUGGGGAUUUUCAAGCCGAUAACACCGCGGCGAGCGCAUAAAAUGUAAAGAAAGGAGCAAAACGGAUUUUUUUCUAAAGCUUUGUGUGUAAAUAUAUAUUUUUCAGCGGAUGUACGAUAUUUUUGGCCAGAAGCUCAGUGUAAUUCGCGUUACUGCCGUUUUUAUAAAGCAAUAGGAAUAAUAAAGAAUCCAGUUAUCAACGAGUUAGCUAGCAAACUGGGCUGAGCAACUCGUUUUGAAGCAAAUUUAUCUUUGAACCGACGAGCUACGAUGUCACAUUUUGGGUUUACUUGAAGAUCUUUAAACAACAGUUUGAAAGAAGAACACUGCUGCUUCCCAUCAGGCUUGAAAACAACUCCUGCUUUAGUGUGUGUUUGCUAGAGCUGUGAGAUGUGUGGUUAUCUUUGAGUGCUUCACAUAAGUGGCAUCUUAAGAAAAUGUAGGCGAUGGUGAGGAAGAACGUGAGGAAGGACACUGUUUUCUAACAACUGUGGUGCCACUCUCCUGUGCUGCUGAGUGUCCUCUCAUAAAGGAGACAGGAAGACACAGACUGGAGGAGGAGGACUGGAGGGUCAUCUGUUUGACCAGAGACGGCCGUCAGUCACCUGAAGCUCUGGAAGAAAACACCUGACAGACUGGCAGGGGUGAGUGGGUGACCACCGAAAGGGAGAGAGACGGGGACUGACGGAGAAGCAAAGGUUUGGAGGAGGAGGAGGUCCAGGAGGAAGAGUGGGAGAGGCCAUUCCCCAUGGCAACCGACCCAGGAGAGCCCACGGGGACGGAGGAGUCCUCUGAGAAACCUGAUGGACAGAGGGAGGAGGACGCAGAGCGAGAGGGCCGGGCCGACCCACAGAGGGAGAGGACACACAGCACCCCCUCGGACUUCCCCUCCUCCCAGACUCAGGAGAGGAAACUGGGAGACGAUGGAGGAAUCCAAGGAGGCGGAGGAAGAGGAGGAGGAGGAGGAGGAGGAGGGGAAACCAGCCAGGAAAACCCAGACAGACGGAUUUCAUUCUCCACACCUUCCUUAACUGUUGACUCUGGCCAGAAACGACUGAGGAGGGAGAAGCGCUUCUUCAGGAAGAGUGUGGAGAUCUGUGAGCAGGACGAUGAGGUGGAGGUGCCCCAGGAGGCACCCCACAGUGCCCCCCACCUGGAGCUUCGCUCUUCAGACUCAGUCUUCACCAGCAGUGCCCAGCAAGGAGCUGCCUCAUCCUGUGCUGCCAUGGGCCAUGACCCAUCCUGUGAGAGCUCUGGCCAGGAGCCCGGAAAGGACGCUUCUUCUACCGCAGCUGGCCAGAGGGGGAAGGAGAGGGACCGUGAGCAGGAGGAGGAGGCUGAGAUGAAGGCUGUUGCCACCUCUCCUGGAGGAAGGUUCCUCAAAUUUGACAUUGAACUGGGAAGAGGAGCCUUUAAAACGGUGUUUAAAGGCCUGGACACAGAGACCUGGGUGGAGGUGGCUUGGUGUGAGCUGCAGGACCGCAAACUGACAAAAGCAGAGCAGCAACGCUUCAAGGAGGAAGCUGAGAUGCUGAAGGGGCUUCAACACCCCAACAUCGUCCGCUUCUAUGACUCUUGGGAGUCUGUGCUCCGUGGCAAGAAGUGCAUUGUAUUGGUUACAGAACUCAUGACUUCAGGAACACUCAAAACUUACCUGAAGCGCUUCAAAGUGAUGAAACCCAAGGUCCUGAGGAGCUGGUGUCGUCAGAUCCUGAAGGGUCUUCAUUUCCUCCACACCAGGACUCCUCCGAUAGUCCAUCGAGAUCUUAAGUGUGACAACAUCUUCAUAACAGGCCCCACAGGCUCAGUUAAGAUCGGUGACCUGGGUCUGGCCACUCUGAUGAGGACCUCCUUUGCCAAGAGUGUGAUAGGAACCCCAGAGUUCAUGGCUCCAGAGAUGUAUGAGGAGCACUAUGAUGAGUCUGUGGAUGUCUAUGCUUUCGGCAUGUGCAUGCUGGAGAUGGCCACAUCAGAAUACCCCUACUCUGAAUGUCAAAAUGCUGCUCAGAUCUACCGCAAAGUCACAAGUGGGAUAAAGCCAGCUAGCUUUGAUAAAGUUAAUGACCCAGAGGUCAAAGAGAUCAUCGAAGGCUGCAUUCGUCAGAACAAGAGCCAGAGACUCUCUAUCAAGGACCUCCUGAACCAUGCAUUCUUCGGGGAGGACACAGGGGUGCGGGUGGAGCUGGCAGAGGAGGACACAGGCACCCAGGACUGCCUGGCUCUCCGGAUUUGGGUUGAAGAGCCCAAGAAGCUGAAGGGGAAGCACAAAGACAAUGAGGCUAUCGAGUUCAGCUAUGACCUUGAGAAUGAUAGUGCUGAGGAAGUGGCUCUAGAGAUGGUAAAGUCAGGCUUCUUUCAUGAGAGUGAUGCCAAGGUGGUGGGAAAAUCAAUCCGGGACAGAGUUAAUCUGAUCAAAAAGUCACGGGAGCGGCGGCAGCAGCAGCUCCACCAGCAGCAGCAGGGAUAUGAAGAAAGAAGGGACUCCUCUCUCACCUCCUACACCUUUUCUCAUCCCACCUGCACUUCCUCUCUGGGGCCAACGACAGCUGGACAAACAGGAGGUGGAGGAGGAGGACAGGAGGGCGAGGAGCUACCUGAAGUUGACCAGCAUGUCAGGCAACAACACAUUUUUAGUGGGACAGCGCUUAGGCUACCAGCAGGUGAGAGUAUGGGGUCUGCGAGCUGUGAAUCUUAUGCAAGUGGACAGAGCCAGGCAUACUCGCAGCAGGGGGAUGCUUACUCCCUCUCCCAGACGACUCUGCCCUCUACAGCAUCUAGCACUGGAGCAGUGGCGCAUGCUCAUAUGCACCCAAUCGGUGAAGGUGGGAGUGUCCCUAAUGUGCCUAUUGGCCAGAGUGUUAGCAUGUCCAGCAUGUCCAUAGGCCACAGCGGAGGAGGACCUAUUGGCCAGACGUUUAUUCAGCCCAUUUCCAUGGUUCCACAGGUAUCACCAAGUGUCCCACAACAAUAUUAUCAGUCACAAACAUUCCCAUCAGAUGCAUUUCAAACAGCCACUCCCCACACCUCAUUGGCCCCUUCUCAAUCAUACAUACCACCUGUUUCACCACAAGCUCAGUUUAAUGUCCUCACUACAUCCAUGUCAGUGGGUGAUCCUGCUGCACUAGUGGGGACUGUUGUGCCCCUCGCUCAGCAGACCCAGCCCCCCGCCACGCCCAUGCAGCUCACUGACAUCAUUCCGCAGGCAGCAACUCAGCAAACACAGCCCGUCAUGAUCCCUCAGCAGACUAUUGUCCAACAACAACAGAUAGGGAUGGAUCCCCAUACCUCCGCCCUUCAGCAACAACCACAACAGCAAAUGGAUGCCCAGGCCCCACUGCAUGAUCAAGUCAGCGCAACUCAGCAGGCAACGGAACAACAUCCACAGAUCGUUUCGACUACAGUUGUCCAGAAACAUCAGCAUGAGGCUCAGCAGCAGACCUAUGUACAUCAGUCGUUUCUUCAGCAGCCAGUUUUACCUUCACAAACAGGUAUGGAGCAGCAAACCUUGUCAUUAGCACAAACAGGGGAGCAACCUCAGACUUACAAACAGCAACCAACAGGGGAACCUUGUGAGCAGACUGUAAUACAACCCCAACUACUGCAACAACAGCUUCAGCAACAGCAAACUUUGCUACAACAGCAACAACAAGUUUUAGUACCAGAGCAACAUCAGACAUAUGUACAGCAACAGCUUGAUCAGCAACAACAAAAAACAUUGCUUCAGCAGCAGCAGGCUCCACUACAACAGCAUCAACUGGAACAGCAACAAGUGCUUCUUCACAAACAAAUGCUGGAUAAACAACAGCAACAAGUUCUCAUUCAACAGCAAGAGCAACAGCAGCAACCAAAAGGUCAGAUACAACAACAACCACAUCAGCCACUUUUACAACAUCAGUUAGAGCAGCAUCAACAACAGCUUCCAUUACAACAACAGCAGCAGAGUCAGAUAUUUCAACAAACUGGAAUCCAAAAUGAAGUAGAGAGGCAACAGCUAAGUGGACAACAGCAGCAAAAAACUGUACUGCAGCAGCAGCAACCCCAGCUGACACAACAGCAACAAGAACAACAGCUGCAACAGCAGGCCUUACUGCGGCAAAUGGAACAACAGCAGCAACAAGCACUAAUACAACAGCACUUGCAACAGCAGGCUAUUUUACAACAUCAGCAACUACAACAGAAAGCUCAGCUACAGCAACAACAACAAGAGCAGCAACAGUUGCAACUGAAGCAGCAGAUAGAGCAGCAGCAGCAGGCUCUUUUGCAGCAACAGCUGGAACAGCAGCAUCAACAACAGGUCCUGCUGCAGCAACAGCAAGCUGAGAGAAUGCAGCAGCAGGCUCUGAUACAGCAACAGAUUCAAGAUCAGCAGCAGAAAGCAACCAUCAGUCAACUUCAGGAGAUGCAAAAAACCAACAGUGAAAAGCAGAUGCAGGAGUCACCAACUAAUAUACAGGGCACGUGUAUUCCACAAUUGAGUGCCACUCAAUUUAUACCUCAUGUGCCGCUCACACAGCAGCAAGUCAUGGAGCAACCACAGCAAGCAGUACCAAUCCAGCAGCAACGCCCUCCUGUUAUGGAACCUCAUAUCCCAAUGGGACCUCCAGCUGCUGAACUGCUCCAACACCAAACUCAAAUUGUCUCACAGGCCCAGGUCCCCAUUGCCACUCAGACUGUGCAAAUUCCUGUCCAGACGUGUCCUGUUAUCACCUCUCAAGUCUUCACCCAGCAAGGACAAAGUGAGGCUAAUCUCCAGGACCAGGGUAAAAUCCCAGUCCAGUUUAUUGCUCAGACCACAGUUCAAGCAGCCCAGGCUAUAAUUGAGGCUCAAGUAACUCCCCCAGCGACAAUGAUCCAAGGACAGACACAUGCCAUCCAAAGCCAGCAUGUUCCUUUACAGGCUAGUUAUCAAGCACCUGUAAUUCCUACACAGAGCCAAGCAGCUGCUCAGCCAUUGAUCCAGACUCAGCCUCUGCUCCAGAUACCUCAUGGUCAAGGCCCAACAGUUGACAAUCAGAUGACAGGACAACCAAGCCAGGCUGCUGUUCAGCCUCCAGCUGUAUUAACCUCGAUUUCCAGCCAGACUCAUCAUGAGAGUUACGUUCAGCAAAAUGCUCAAAUGCCUGGGCAGGUGCAGAUACAGCUACAGCAACAAGAUCAAGGCCAUCCACAAAUCCAGCUGCAUGCUCAGGUUGCCACAGGAAUCUUACCUGCUCAGUAUGUUCCUCAGCUAACCCAACAAACAUUGCCUUCUGCACAACAGGAUAUUACUCAUAUCACACAGCUGCAGCAACAGCAACAAGAGCCAGUAAUGCAGUUUCAGAAAAUGAUCCUGUCCUCAGGCCCUGCUGGAAGUGCUGGACCCACUACAGAUGAUCUCAGCUCCAGGGUCGCCCCUGCAAACCUUAUGGGUCCUCCCCAUCUUGUAACGCAGGCUGGACAAGUUGUAAUUGCAGGUCAGACAACAUCACAUCCAGUCAUGCAGGCACAGCAGCAACCUUCAAGAAGCACUGUUGACCCAUCAGUCAUUCAGCCCAUCUCCCAGUCUACUCUGCCUCAUUGUAUGGGACAAUACCAACAACCACUACAGAAGAUUUCUGAGACACAGCAACCACUUGCUUCUCCUCCUCCUCAGACUCAGUUACUGUCACAGCCUAUAAAAACUGCAAUCCAACCAGUGUUUUCUCUGAAUCAGGCUGCAAUACCCCUUGAGGAGAGCCAGCUGCCCCCCCAGUGUUCACCUACCCCACAUCUGCUGAAGCAUCCCGCUUCACAGAUAGUUCCUGGUACUGUGGCCGCACCUCAGUCACAGGCUUUGCCCCUUUAUAGUCAUCUUGCAGCUGGCCCCCCUCCAUCUCCACAACACCAUACCAAGCAAAUGACUCCAGCUCACACACACACACAAACAAGCAUUCAGGCCCAGGCACACUCCCAAACUCAGACCCACGUUCAGGUGCAGGCUCAUUCUCACACUCAGACACACACUGAGACACCCAUUGCUGAACAGCCUGUUCCACCCCAUGCUGUCUUUGCUGCUCAACAAAUACCCCUCAGCCCUUCUCAUAACUCAUGUACCCAAACAACCCUACCAACCCAUUAUCCUGCUGCUAAUGCUGUACCAGAGCUGCCUACAUCUCCUCCAGCAACCAAGGCAACCAUUCCAGGACAGGCUGAUUUUAUACCUACCUCCCCUCCGCCUGUUGCUACUCAACAAUCUCUUGAUUCUAAUGCCCCCAAACUUCCCCAAGGCUUGCUGCAAGACUGUGACCUUUCCCUGCUGGGCAGUGCUCAGGAUGGUCCGUACCUGUUGAGUGCAGAGCAUCAUUCUUCAGGAUCUGUUCCUGCUAAUGGUGAAGAAUCUCUUCAUACCUUGGCCAAUGGGAAGAUAGAGAAACUAAAGGCUCAAAGAAGAGCUUCCUGUCAGAGGCCUGAGAAAGUUGCACAUCAGUUCCAGCUGAGCAUGCUUCAGGUGUCUGGCAGUGGUGACAAUAUGGUGGAGUGCCAGCUGGAGACCCACAGUAACAAGAUGGUGACGUUUAAAUUUGACAUUGAAGGGGAUGCACCUGAGGACAUUGCAGAUUACAUGGUGGAGGAGGACUUUGUUCUUGAUGUAGAGAAAGAGAAAUUUGUGGAGGAGCUAAGAGCCAUCGUUAAGAAAGCCCAUGAACUCCUCCAAACACAUUCUCAGACGGGGUCAACUGACCAGCUGCAUGUGAGCACUCCAACUAGCUCAACAAUGGACUCAGUGCCGCAUUCCUCCCCAGUCGGACGCUGGCGCUUCUUUAUCAACCAGACCAUCCGACAUAGAGACUCUCUGUCUGGACAAGGAACAGCGACAACACCACCUACUUCAGAAACAAGGGUUCCUCAGUCUCCCAUACUAGAGAAAACCAUAGAAAGUGAAGGAUCCCAGAGUCUGGAGUCCUUGACUGGAAUGGCUUCUCCCCCCUGCCCCACCCUCUCUGCUAGCUCCCCUCCAGUCUCCACUGUCUCAGCUCCUGCUUCCAUGGUCCCUUCAGUAAAUGCUGCCCCUGCUCCUAAAACAGCUGUCCCUGAAAGCAUCUCAGCACCAGCCUCCACCAUUGAAGCCCCUGUCAUUGCUUCAGGUGGUGUUACUGAACUGACAGGCCUCACCUCUGCAUCUGCUAACCAAAUUCCCAGUGGGCCCUCAUCCAUGGGAAUACCUGCGCCUGCUGCUGUUAACCUUCUGACCUUGUCAGCUGCUCCUAUUAUUGUAUCUCCCACAGCCAUUUUGCCAGAAACGUUCUCUUCUCCAGGAACUAGCAGUUGCUCCCCUGUUGGUCAAUGUACAGUGGACGCAGUAAUAACUGCUCCGAGGCCACGUGUGGCUACAGUGGAGCAGUCUAUUAUCUCCCCUCCUCCCACAAGUACAGUGACCUCCUCUACAGUGAGUCAACUUUCCUUGGAGCAACAGCAGAUGCUCAUCCAGGCUGCCAAGCCUGCCCCACAACCAACGCAACAAUUCCAGCCACAGCUACAACCUGUGCUACAGCAGCAGGCACCAGCAGUUCAACAGCAACUGCAGUUUGAUCAAAAAGCACACCAAAUGAAAACAUCAACACCACUACAACAGCAAGUGUCCCAAGAACAACUCAAGCUGCAACAGGGUCAAACACUGCAGCAGCUACAGCAUCAGCAACUUUUGCAGACACAAAUACCACCUCAACAACAGCUGACUGAGGCGCAGGGGCUGCCUGUGCCCAGUCAUACAGAGUUCUUACAACAGUCUGUGCAGCAGUUUCUUCCACCAAUGUCCCUACAGCAAGCCCAACCAUCGAUUCCUCAACAGCAGACUCCACAGUAUCAGCAACAGAUGCUGCAACAACAUCAGUUACAGCAGGUUCAACAACAGGUUAUGGCACCCCAAGCUGCUGUAGUUCCACAACAUCAGGCCCCAAUUGAUCCCCAGCAGCAACAGUCAAACCUACAACAGACAAUGCAUCUACAGCAACAGCAAAUGGUGCAGCAGCAGCUACAGCAGCAGCAGCAACAGCUUCUUAUGGGUGCUGCUGCGGCUUUAAAAUCAGAUCAGAGUCAAAUGCUGCCCAUGUCAAUAAGUCAACAGUUUCUCCAACAACAGGCACAGCUCAGUGUUAACACUGUUUCACAACAGCCUAUUCAACAGCAAAAUCAAAUCCCUGCUGAGCUGGCACAGCAACACAUGCAGUCACAGAAACAGGUGCAAAACUAUGAGCAGCAACAGGAGAUGGUUAAAGCAACAGAAACGCCACAGAAACAGCAGCAGUUUUCUCUGCAGAAGCAGUCUUCUCUACAGAUGUCAGAGUCAGAGGUUUCCACAGGAGAGACUAGUAUAACUGAGGAAACAUAUAGCUACUCUGCAGCUUUUCACCCUUCUUCUGACUCUUCUCUUCCACCUCUCAAUUUGGGCACUGCUGAUGCCCCGUUACCCUCUCUUUCCCACACAAUGACGCCCUCCCCUGCACAACCUUCCUCUGUGGCUGAGUCGGACAGUGAAGGCCCCCCCAAAAUUGAUUUCGUAGACAACCGUAUAAAGACUCUGGAUGAAAAGCUGAGAAACUUGUUGUAUCAAGAGUACAACAGCGGUGGCACACAGGUAGGGGGAGCUGCCUCAGGGCCUACAUCAGCUGCCUCCACAUCAGUGGGAGGAGAUGAGUCAUCUGAGCCACAGUCUAUGCCCCCACCUGCCUCCACCUCCUCAGAUACAACCCCUCACUCUUCAUCCUCUACCACCUCCUCCACCACCUCACGUUCCUCCUCAACAUCCCCUGACCCAGAGAGGGAUGGCCGAGGAGAUGACAAUUCCUCAGAUGUGCACAAUUUUGUGGAGCAGGGUCCGGUGGAGCAGCAGCCAGGCCCAUCUAUCCCCUCCACUUCUGCCUCAUCUACCCCUCCUAUGUCUCUACCACCUCCCACCCAAGAGGACUCUGCAGGGCCUCAACGCCCGCCUGUACCAGGAGAACCAACUAUCCUUGCUGUACCCCCACACUCUGACACCAGUACCACAGGAGAUGCAUCAUGGCCCCACAAUCAGCACCCGAUCCCCCUCCGGCAUGGACAGCAGAAGCACAAUGCAGGAGGUGGAUAUUUUGGCCUAAACCUGACAUGUCCUAGUAUCAGAAAUCCUGUUAGCAAGAAAUCCUGGACUCGCAAAUUCAAAAACUGGGCAUGCAAACUGCGCCACUCCGCCAGCUUGUUCAAGAAGCCCAGAGUCCAAGAAGAAGGACGCUCCUGCAGUCGGGCAUUAAGAGAGGAGAAGGAAGCACAACCUGUAAAUCCACCUCAUUCACGGAGAGGAAGGUUUCAGGUGACUCCUGUGCCCCAGUCCUCCCCCCCAAAGGAAGCUCUCCCAGGCCACGGUAGCACCCACAGGAAAGUGGGGCGCUUUUCUGUAACUCAGCCUGAGACGAAGGAAGAAGACAAGCACACUGACAGCUCCCCUGUGUCUCCUGAUGUGGAGAGGGAGAAGAGGAGAUGUCGGGUUAAAGAGGGAGAGAGAGAUGAAAGUAAGAGGACCCCAGCAAUGGCUCACCUGCCUCGUGGUCACGGGCAUGGCCACUCACCCCUCGGCAGCAGUGAUGAUGAUGAUGAGAGUGAGCUGGAGGAUGAAGACCUUAGAAAAGAAUUACACAAGCUAAGAGAGAAGCAUAUCAAGGAGGUGGUUUUCCUUCAGGCCAAACAGAACAGGGAACUGCAAGAAUUGUACAGACAGCUACGUUCUCUCAAAGACCAACGGCAGAGUCUACCUGCCUCCCUUUCCCGAACACCCCCUCUUCCUGCAGCACCCCCUGUCCUCUCUCCUCGUAGGCCCCGGCCAGCCAAAACCAAGCUCCGGCCCCGGCCUCACUCACACAUGGAUAACAACGGAGUGUCACACUCUGGGAUUCAACAGUCGAGUAGUUUUUCAGGUGGUGAACAGGGUAGACUGCCCCUUUAUUGCAACCCAGAGCACCACGCUACACUGCCUGCUAAAAGAGAUAACAGCCCUUUAAGAAAAAGCACAUUUACUGACGAACUGCACAAACUUGUUGAUAAUUGGACAAAGGAGACGGUGGGCCCCUCCCCACCCAAACCUUCACUUAAUCAAAUCAAGCAGAUUCAGCAAGUGCAGGAGUUGGGAGGCUGGAGCCAGUCUACUGAGGUGGCUUCACAAAGUUGGUUUCCUGUGGCACCGCUGAAUCCCCAGGUCCCCCCAACUGCUGCCACCCUACCUGUGGUAGCCCCUCCUCAUUACACAGCUGGAGGGAGCCUGUCCAACCUGCACUCUACGGGACCACCGCCACAGACACAAAUGGCUCAAGUGCCACAGAUGCAGCAAAGUUUACAUCUUCAUCAGACCCUCCCCCUCCAGCAAAUGACCUAUCAGCAGUCCCCACUUCGCCAGCAGAUUCCGCAGCCUCCAGUUCAGAGUCCCCAACAUUCUCAGUCCCAACCACAGACUCAUCUUGUCACCCAGCUGCCCCACUCACCACCUCAAACCCAACCGCUGCUGCCUUCCCAAAUGCCCGCGUCUCCAGUGUCCACGGCUGCGUCUGCGAGCACAGCUAGCACUGCUGCUGAUGCUGCUGCUACUGGAGGGACUUUUAGCUCCUGUUCCUCAUCCUCCUCCACUUCCUCCUCAUCAUCAUGCUCUACUGCUGCUCUACCUUCCAGUGCCAAAAUUCACCCAGCAACCCCCACCUCUGCUCUUCCUCUGGGACAGAAAUAAAACCAAGGCAAAGUGUGAGGUCAAAAUGAAGGUGCAAGAGAUGGAAGUACAGUGUGGAUCAGGACGUAAAGCAGAUCCAUGUGGAGUGUUAGUUGUGUAUGAAUGGCAGAGUUGUGAAUGAGGUGAAUAUUUGAAUUCCAGUGCUUGUGGGUGAGAUGGAGAGUGAAUGUGAGAGACAAUUGAUUCUAGUAUGUACAGUUAAGAGGGUAAUGGAUACAAAUGGAUCAACGGCUGGGGUUUAUAAGUCUUGGCAUGUUUGGGUGAUGAGAUGUAUAAAUUCUUAAAUGUAUGAGUGUGUGCAUUUAUGAGUGUGGAUGAGUGUUUAUUCAAGUACAUAUCCCUUUAUGUCCUUUUACACAAAUUAAUGUUCUUAUUUUUGUUUUAAAAGAAACUCAGUUGGACCUGAUCUAAGCAGAGACAACAAGGACAAAUUAUUCAACAUUUUGUUGAUAUUUUUGUGAGUGCUUAAAGUAAAAGGACUAUCAAUUUUUAAAAGUGCAAUUAGUAGUGAUCAUCUAAACUGAUCCGCAUGUAUUGUAUGGAUUUGUCUGUAAGGCAUAAGAUAUUUUUAUAGAAGCACAUUGAUGAAAACCAGAUGCAUAAAGGAUCCUCUCAUGAUCCGUAUGGAUCUUUUAAAUCUGCAGGCCUACAGCACAAGGGGCUUCAAUGGGCAAUGAAAAAAAGAGCACGUCACACUGUAGAGCAUGGUUAAGUUUUAGAGCUACCGUUAAUACCACAAUGCGACCAAACGCACUGUUAAGAAGCAUGGGCUUCAUUUGUAUUAUUUUAUGUUUAAUGUUGUAACAUAGAAACUGUCUGAAUUAACAUGAGUGAUGUGGGAUAAAUUCAGAUGAAUUCAAUAACACAAUGGUGAAUUGAUAUAUGCCAUCUGUGUUUAUUGGCUGCACUCAGCCCAGCCCUGCAUGACCGUAUGACUAAAUUGACUUGCCUGUAUUUUUGUGCAUCUGACAUUUGUAGCCUACUGAGAUGAUUCAUCAGUCAUGAGUACAUAUGCUUUCAGUUUAAAAGGCUUUCACGUUCGACAUUGACUUUCAGUUUGAGCUCUGCAUAUCAAAGUAAAUCACGAUGUCAUGCUGCAGAGGAAGAUGAAAAGGAAAAAAAAAAACUGCCAAUUUUUACUUUAAUCAGGGGAAACCUUACAGGUUAUUCCCAUGUUGCCUUUAAAAAAUCUGCAUUUUUAUGGGUGUGUGUGUGUUUCUAUUUUUUUCUGUGUGAUAAAGCUGUGAUAGUCCACUUGUAUAUUGCAUUUUAAAUUGCACCUCUCUUCCUUUCAUUUAAAGCAGCCUCUCAGAUGUCAAUGUAUCCAACUGAAAAUGUUUAUUCUGCCUGCAUGUGCUGAGUUUGUUUCCUACAGACAGGUGAGGAGAUAGGCUGUACACAUGCUAAAAGUUUAAACAUUGUGCAAUCCUCACACCCUAACUUUGGCAUUAAAAAAUUCCUAAUUUCAAUUUUUGAAGUAUUUGGUCUUUAAACGUAGGCUGCCAGUGUGUAUGCCUGUCAGAAGCUGAAGUAUAGGCCAGAACUGUGCUUUAUGCACACUGCAAAGUUUUAAUCCAGUCAAAAUAUCUUAUUAAUUAUCUCUAAACUCACUUGAUAUGAAGACAGAAUAAUAUAUCAGCAGUUGAUAUAUUAUGGCACAUUUGAUUGGAGUUGGACAUUUUCUUAGCAUAUUAAGUAGCAUGUAGUCUAAGCAGCAUUUCUGUUGGGUUGGUAGACUGUGUGUCACUGAAAACUGAAGAUUGUAUCAGUUGUUGAAGACUGCUGAUGUGAGUCAAAAACUUUCAGAAUGGAUAAAGAUGUGUGCUUAUGGAUAUGGCUGUUCAGAAUCUGCAAUUACAUAAUCUAGGAUAUAACAGUGGUUUUCUGUAUUGGUUGCUUUUCAACAAAACCCACAUUGUCACUGAGUUGUAGUUGAUUAUUAGUGAAAGGUGAGAUUCUAUGCUGUCAUGUCUGAUACUAACAUGUUGACGCAAGCUACAGCUUAAUGUCCAUGAUUAAUGAUAUGAAGCUGGCUUUUGUCCUUGAAGUGUUACCAAAAUGUUAUCUAAAAGAUAAAGAUUAUUUUUGUAUUUUGAAAUGGGGUUGUACAAAUUGUAAAAUUGUGUUCUCACUUUAAAUCAGAGGUUGGUUGAAACUGGAAAACAUUGGUUUUCAUUUGUGUUUUUGUGGGACUCCCUGCCAUGAUGUACCUCUUUCGAUCCUGACAAUGGGGGUGAUUUACAAUUUUUAAACAUUUAAAAUAUAAUUUAAGACACUACAUCAUUUCUGAACCAUGAUUACUUUGUUGAUUCAUAAUACGGUAACAUAAACCUUGCUGCAGAGCUGCAGGUUUAGAUCAAAUUGAUUAAAAAAUUAAUGCAACAAAAAUGUGGACAGUCCUUACAGGACAUGAAUGAUAACCAAUGAUGAAAGGACAUUUUGGCUGAGAAACCUCGAAAAAUAAACUAUGUUGCUGGUGAUUUAGCCUCUGUAAAUUGUAACUAAUUCAACUGUUGAUUUUAUUUAUGUUUUGUAACUAAUCAAAAUAAAUGAUGUCAAACAUCAAA